GUAGUCCUCUCGCCAUCGUGAAUGCGCCAAAAAGGAAUCAAGGCUGGAGCACUACAGUUCCCACAAGGCGCUCGUCCCCCGCUUUCCUUUUCUCCACCGAGCCGGUCACCUUCCUGUCUGAGGAGAGGCGGAGAGAGGGGGGGGGAAAUAAUAACCCUGAAGUUCCCUGCGAUCAGCUGAUGAAUACAACAAGGGGGGAGCAGGAAGAGAAAAGCCCUGGCACUGGUCUGCCUGCCUCCCGCGAGGGUACCCGGGCUUCAUGGUGGGGCUCAGACGUUACGGGAUUGAAACCCUGUUCCUGCGGGGAAAAGGAAGGCUUCGCCCCUUCCUUCCGCCCCGUGAUCCUUGCGGCUGAAGAGGAGGAGACUGUGAUCUGAUUACUUAGUCACCGAGACUUGCAGGGAGGAGGAAGAGGAGGAGGAGGAAGUUUUGUUUAUGCGAAGAUUUACUACUUCCUAAGAAAUCGUCUUGAGUGAUAUUUUCGUUUUGUGGCUUAAACCAACGUGUAUCAGGGAAACAAUUUGGUUUACAUUUUGGGAACAUAUCUGAUCACUUUUCUUACAUAUAUCGAAGUUCAUUGGGAUUUUCUCUUCAGGAUUCCUUUGAGCCUGUGUUCAAUUGUGGAAAGCUUACAUUUCUUACAAGGACAGAUAUACACAGAAAUUGCAAUUUUGCAUAUAAUGAAAUCAUUUUCAUUGUGGGGUAGUGAAAAUUAAGACUGAUCAUACAUUAAGAAAAGCACCAACCUUUGCAGAGUUUCCUCCACAUCAAGAUAAUUACAGUUUUUAGAUCUUUGGAAAACUAAUGUACAUAUCUGUUAAAAAACAGAGUUUAAUAAAGUUCAUGGUAAGUUGCUAACAUGAGUGCCCAGCCUCCAACAGCAGAUAAGGGACUGAAUACAGCCCUCUUGUGCCAAGAAAGCUAUGCUUGCAGUGGGACAGAUGAAGCAACCUUUGAGUGUGAUGAGUGUGGAAGCCUGCAGUGCCAGCGAUGUGAAGAGGAGCUGCACAGACAGGAAAGGCUACGAAAUCAUGAACGGACCCGAAUUAAAGCUGGCCAUGUCCCUUACUGUGACACCUGCAAGCCUCCCAGUGGGAAUAUCAUGCAAAACCACAUUGGAAGUUCCAGGCAGAGGGCAGCAGUAAGGUGCCAAGCAUGCAAAAUUAACCUGUGUAUAGAGUGUCAGAAGAGGACUCAUGCUGGUGGAAACAAGAGGAAGCACCCCAUCACCGUUUACCAUGGUGGAAAACCUCACGAGCAGGAAGAGGAGGAGGGGAUGGAUGAGGAAACCAAGAGGAAAAAGAUGACUGAAAAUGUUGUGAGUUUCCUGUUGGUGGAUGAAACAGAGGAGAUCCAGGUGGCAAAUGAAGAAGAAUUUAUCAGAAAGUUGGACUGCAAGCCUGACCAGCAUGUCAAGGUGGUGUCCAUUUUUGGGAACACUGGUGAUGGCAAAUCGCAUACCCUUAACCACACUUUCUUCUAUGGCCGUGAAGUCUUUAAAACCUCUCCAGCCCAGGAGUCGUGUACAGUAGGGGUUUGGGCAGCUUAUGAUCCUGUCCACAAAAUGGUGGUGAUUGACACAGAGGGUCUUCUUGGGGCUACUGUAAACCUGAGUCAGAGGACCCGACUGCUUCUGAAAGUCUUGGCCAUUUCUGACUUGAUAAUCUAUCGCACCCAUGCCGACAGACUUCACAAUGAUCUCUUCAAAUUUCUUGGAGAUGCUUCAGAGGCUUACUUAAAGCACUUCACCAAAGAGCUGAAGGCAACCACAGCCCGUUGUGGCCUGGAUGUCCCAUUGUCCACGUUGGGUCCUGGAGUCAUUAUCUUCCAUGAGACUGUGUACACACAGUUGCUGGGUGCUGAUAAUCCUUCUGAGGUGCCUGAGAAGCUAAUCCAGGAUCGGUUCCGGAAACUCGGUCUCUUCCCUGAAGCUUUCAGCUCAAUCCAUUACAAAGGAAUAAGGACCCAGAACCCUCCAACAGAUUUCUCUGGACUCCGGCGUGCUGUGGAACAGCAACUGGAAAAUAAUACUACACGCUCUCCCCGGCCUCCUGGAGUUAUCUACAAAGCGCUCAAAGCACUGAGUGAUCGGUUCUGUGGUGAGAUCCCAGAUGACCAAAUGGCUCAUAGUUCCUUCUUCCCAGAUGAGUAUUUCACCUGUUCCUCUGUUUGUCUCAGCUGUGGGUCUGGAUGUAAGAACAGCAUGAACCAUGCAAAAGAAGGAGUGCCUCAUGAAGCUAAGAACCGCUGUAGAUAUACCCAUCAAUAUGAUAACAGAGUUUUUACCUGCAAGGCCUGUUACGAACGGGGAAAUGAAGUCCGGGUGGUGCCCAAAACAUCUGCUUCCACUGAUUCCCCUUGGAUGGGUCUUGCCAAGUAUGCUUGGUCAGGCUAUGUGAUUGAGUGCCCCAAUUGUGGCGUUGUGUACCGUAGCCGGCAAUACUGGUUUGGCAACCAAGAUCCUGUGGACACCGUUGUGAGGACAGAAAUUGUGCACGUCUGGCCAGGAACGGAUUGCAGCCUGAAGGACAAUAAUAAUGCUGCCCAACGCCUUAUAGAUGGAAUGAAUUUCAUGGCACAGUCGGUGUCUGAACUGAGCUUGGGGCCCACGAAAGCAGUGACGUCCUGGCUGACAGAUCAGAUUGCCCCUGCUUAUUGGAAACCUAAUUCUCAGAUUCUGAAUUGCAAGAAGUGUGGUAUAUCUUUCAAGGAUAAUGACACCAAACACCACUGUCGGGCUUGUGGAGAAGGUUUCUGUGAUGGCUGCUCCUCCAAGACCCGUCCUGUCCCUGAACGUGGCUGGGGGCCUACGCCUGUGCGAGUGUGUGACAGUUGCUAUGACAACAGGGGCCUUCAGUUAGAUGUGCCUGAGGCUCCGACAGAUGAGGAAGGUGGGACGGUGAUAGCCAGGAAAGUUGGCGAAGCAGUACAGAACACUCUUGGGGCUGUUGUGACUGCCAUUGACAUCCCAUUAGGUCUUGUGAAGGAUGCUGCCAGGCCUGCCUACUGGGUUCCUGACCAUGAAAUCUUACAUUGUCAUAAUUGCCGGAAGGAAUUCAAUGUUAAGUUGUCAAAGCACCACUGUCGUGCCUGCGGCCAAGGUUUUUGUGAUGAGUGUUCCCACGAGCGCAGAGCUGUCCCUUCCCGUGGUUGGGAUCAUCCUGUCAGAGUCUGCUUUAACUGCAAUAAAAAACCUGGUGAUCUUUAACACUAUCCAUCUUUUCUGGGUCAGCCGAAACACCUUAGCUUCUCAGGGUUAGACAACAAAAGAAAAGAAACGCCUUGCCGUUUUGACCUUUCGUAGUCCAAGUGCAUGCUCCUGAUCCCUGGUCCCUUUUUCACAUAUGAAUUGCCAUUGGAUUGCUGAACAGCAAGCAACCAAGACUUCACUUCAAGCGGAUUUUGAACAUUGGGAUUGGAGCAUAUGGAGAAGUUUGAGUGAAAAUGGAGAAUCUAAAAUGUGCUGCAUUAUCUACCCAUUAAAACUACGUCUGUAUAUCUACAUAAUUCAGUGUGCUAAGAAUGCAAUUGGCUAAUGAAGCAUUGAUAAUUAACCAUCAAAAGGAGAAAAGCAGAAUGGAGCUGCUUUUGAAGUGGGAUGGGAGAAACACACCUCCUGUUGAGUGCCUUGGGAUUAUUUCAUGUAGUUUGAUGGCUUGCAGCACCAUCGUUUUGCAAAGGCUUGGAUGUCAGGGUGUGCUGCUUAAAAAAUCUAUUUGUAGCCCCUGCUUGUGAUCUGGGAGUGCCAGGCUUUUCCGUCUGGCCCCUUGCAACAUCAUGAACUAUAUUUAUUUGAUCCCAGUCUGUUUUUGUUCUGUUUGUAGGGCCUUAGCUAGAGCGAAAGUGUUUUCCCAGGCCUGAAAGCAGACUGAGAAACUAGGGGGAGUGCCCUGUCUUUGUUUGGGAUUGUGCUGUGCAAGUCCUGAUUAGAGUGCUGCUGCUGUGGGAAAGGAUGAUCAUUUCAGUGGGUAGGAAGUG